AUGAUAUCCGAUGUAGUUCCUGUUCUGCUAUUGAUGCUUUUCGUCACAUGUAUGGCAUCACACGUGUUUGAUUGGCUUAAACCAGAUAAGUUUGAUGACUUGGACGACAAGAUGGUUGCAGUCCACCAAGAUAACUGUAGAUCCAAAGCGAAAUCCGACAUGCUGUUUCCUGUGGAUACAAUUUCUCAAAUCCCCAAAUUCAAUAAAUUGAAGCACCGUAUUUUCUACAAAAACCGAACAAGUUUACUUCAUCUCCAUAAUAUGGCAUUAAAUAGAGCUUUCUUCUACAGUUAUAUUCUGCAGAAGAUGAACACAUCUGACUCCUUUCCUAUCCAACCCAACAUCCACUAUCUUUACAUGUCUGUAACCGCUGAUGUCAAUGCCAACCCUGCUGGUAUAAAUGGAAGUGCCUUAUACUUUGACAACAACUGUUACUAUCCUAACUGGUUCACAGAGCGCGACUUCAACACGACAAUCCCACUAUUUGGACCAAAAGCCUGGCGCUGGGACGAUACGGAGGACCAGGACAACUUCCUCCGUGAACCAACGCGGAAGGUGGCAUUUGUAGACGAUGUCGGCACUGGACCAGGGAAAAAUUACACAAGUGCGUCAUUCAAAAUGAACCCGUGGUAUGAAUUCUGGCUGCCGGAUAAUGACGCUUUCUUGGAUUCUGCGAAAAAAUUCACUUACGGGACCGGCAUUAAGUAUUCUAAUGAGACAGGAAAAUUUAUACAUAAAGAAUUUGAGCUUUUCAAUUUCUUUGGUCCCAACUCCCCAGGACAGGAAGUAGAUGACGACACCCUUCUUCCGGUACGGUUCACACGCCCUUACUUUGACUGUAACAAGUCCAAUAAGUGGGUAGCAAGUGCCGUUUCCCCAAUUGUUGACUACAUGCCAAGAUAUCUGAACUGGACGCACAUGCGUAGACCUCGGUUUGUUGGAGUAAUCGUGAUGGACAUUGAUUUCAAGGAGAUAGAUUUCAAUCCGUGUGCAGUAGGUAUAGGGAACCCAGGCCCCAGCUACUUGGCAGGGAUAGCUAAAUGUAGAGAUUCCACCAGGUGUAAACACCGAUCAGGGCUAGGAUUUCGACGUGACAGCUACACCUGUUCCUGUAGGUCGGGAUUCUAUUUGCCCCACUUCUUCGAGCGGAAUUACAAGGGACGUAAUGUGGAGCAGGCAACUUAUGACGAGUACAUGUCUGGAUUUACAUGCAUCCGUACUCAGUAUCUGCAUGUGCUACCUAUUGGUGUGGAGUCCACGCGACUUAUGACAUCGGAAGAAUCUAAAGUUAUAAGUACAAACACGACAUCUUAUAAACAAGGACAGAUGGGAAGCAGAAGAAGGCGAUCUGCUGUCCAUAUGCAGUUUAAACAAUCCGCCUAUGAUAAGAUGAUGUCAAUAUUCCGACAAAUAAAGAUGGUUACCUCUGUGAACUGUAUGACUCUAUCAGAAAGUUCUUUGCAUCUUUCUGGAGAUGUGGCGUAUGGCGUGGACACACAGUUUGAAUCUCAGGGAAGAACUGCUCUACGUUUAGCACAUUUUCUCAAUAAUUUUCAUCAAAACAUAAACCCGUAUGAAAAAUUUGGAUGGAUGAGAGGAGGGGGAAGAUUACACCAGGAGCACAUUUUUGGCGAAGUGCUCGCGAACGUUAUGGCUGACCAUAAAAUUUUGUCAAGUGGAGUGUAUUAUGAACCUUAUGUAUUUGAAAAUAUGGACGGCUCUAAGAGGAAAUUUUUCGGACCAUUUGCUUUCCAGAAGAAAGGAGUAAGCUACGCAAUCGACACAGCUGGUUUAAGGAGACCUUACGUGGACGAGCAAUGGUACAGACGUGCAAGGGAACGCUGGAGCACAAACACUGCUUCUCUUAAGACUUACAAAAUGAGGUCGAUGAUGAGAUCAGAUCAAGAGGGAAGUAGUUCGGUCAAAUUUGAAUAUUUCCCAGUUUCAUAUCAAGCACCUGACUACUCUGACGGAAUCUGGAUCGGGCCGACGUUUAGAUGCGAUGGAAACAUUGACGACUGGGUUAUGACUUACAUAUCACCAUUUUUUAGAAUAGAGCGUCCAUUCCAAAUGCUACGGUUCUCUGGUGUGGUGACUGUUGAUGUACCAUUGAAUCUUCUGGAAAUAAACCAAUGUCCACAACCAUUUUAUAUCGCCAACGCUUUCAAGAACACAGCCAAGUGUCACAUCCAGUCUACCAAGUGCCGUGCAAUACCUGGUUAUGGUAUGACAAGGGGAGCAUAUCGCUGCGACUGUCGGGCGGGGUUUGAAUACCCAUUUAAGGACCAGAAGAGAUGGUAUGAGGGUUACCUUUUAGACAGAGAGUAUGAGAAGAAACAACAAGGGAUAUAUAGUCGGUUUGACACCCUCUCAUGUCGGGUCUCUUCAGGACGAUCUUUGAUUCCAUAUCCGCUGUCACUCAUUAUCGCUUUUCAUGUCAUCAAACUUCUCGUCUUCGGUACAGGAGCAGAUCUUCAUAAUUAG